AAAUCCAGAGGAAAACCCCAGGUGGGACCUAUCUGUAUGAAGGAUGAAGUUUCCAAGGUCUGAACAUGGAGUGGCUGAGAGGAAGUGAUGACCCUGUGAGUGAAGACCCUAAAUCAUGGGGGAGCCCUGUGGGUUUGAGAAACCCUGGAUGAAAGGUGAAGGAUUUUACAGACCUGUUUACAGACCUCUUUAGUGACAGAAGGGAGACCUUUGUGCAAAGGUCAAAGAAUUGGGAAAGUCUGAAAAGAAAAUAGGAAAGUAAUAAUGAAGAUGAAAUAACUACUUAGAAUACUCUGCCAUGUGAUUUGCAGGCAAGAUCUCAUUUGUUUUUCACAAUAAUGCAAUGAAGAAGUGAUUCUGAGUCACGUUUCAUAAGUGAGAAGACUGACACUCAAACAUGUUCAAUACCUGGCCUGGGGCCCCAUGGUCAAGCCAGGACUGAACCUUGGACCACCAGUUACUUAUUGUAACAUAUGACCAGUUACCCACCUAUCAGUUCCAAACCCAAACUCUUUCCCUUGCACCACACGCUUUUGUGUGGAUGAGCCUCCACAACCCCGUCAACAACAAACUGUCACUUUGUUACUUUUAAUGUCUCCUGCUUCACAGGACAUGGCUAGCUUCGAAGAGAUUAGGGGUACAUGCCCAGAGGGACUACUUCUCAAUUUCUUUGCUCAAGUGCUGCAGAUCUCAGAGGCACAUAAAUGUCCCCCGCAUGGAGCAGAGACUUUGCAGUGCCUGAUCUGGGCAGGAAACGGAGGCAUGCACCUGGGGCAGGAUCAUACAGAGUGAACCCUGUCCCUGCUGCAGCACUAGGUUUGGAGAAAUCUACUGGAUAUUUACACACCUUUCCCACUUCUGCUUGUGACUUGUGGCCAAACUCAAGAGUACCACCCACUUCCGGGAAUAGUGGACUGAGGUAACAGAAACAUUCUAGAUUCAUACAAUUGGGGUCAGCUUAGGAUCAUCUGAAAACGAAGAUUGUGUAUGUCAAUUGCCUUCUAGCAGGACUGGUGGAGAGAUGUACUUAAUGAAUGAUUUUAGAAAAGGGCUAGAGGUGAAGCACAUGGCCUCUGCCCUCACUCGUUGAAGACUAUCUUCUGAAGUCCUAUGGAGCUCAGUGCCUGCCACAUGGCUGCCCACAUUUGAACUGAGCUGAAUUUUCACCUAUGGGCUUCAAAGGCUGUGUGUACUCUGGGAUCUCUGUGAAUCUGUCAGGGAAGGUGUCUUUGUCAUGUUUGUGGAUGGGACUGUCUUUGGGGGUUUCCCCAGGGCUUUACAUUCACUCUCCAAGGGUACAUUUGUAGUCAUUCUCAUCAGUGGAAAUGCCCACCUGCCGGCAGAAGUUAUCUGGAACCAAGCAAGAGCACUGUCGCUGGCUGUGGUGGUGUUUCUCUCUAGUCAGUUCCCCUUUCUGCAUUUGAGUUCUCGCGUCAGUCCUGACAUUAUUUCUCUCUCUACAAGAAGUCUUAGGAGGUAUGGGGAGCUCGCAAAGUCUCCUUUUGGCUUAUUCUUAAUACCUUGCUUCUGUGUUCCUUGGGAAUGCUGCUGUAUUUAUGCAUCUGGUCUCUUUUUGGAGCUGCAGUGGACGGGCAUUUGUGACAGCACUAUGGGACUGAGUACCAUUCUCUUUGCGUUGGCCCUCCUGAUCUUUGGUGCUGAUUCCCUGAAGAUUCAAGCUUAUUUCAAUGAGACUGCAGACCUGCCAUGCAAGUUUGCAAACUCUCAAAACCUAAGCCUAAGUGAGCUAGUAGUUUUUUGGCAGAACCAGGAAAACUUGGUUCUGAAUGAGGUAUACUUAGGAAAAGAGAAAUUUGACAGCGUUCAUUCCAAGUAUAUGGGCCGCACAAGUUUUGAUCCAGACAGUUGGACCCUGAGACUUCACAACCUUCAGAUCAAGGACAAGGGCUUAUAUCGAUGUAUCAUUCAUCACAAAAAACCCACAGGAAUGAUUCGCAUCCACCAGAUGAAUUCCGACCUGUUAGUGCUUGCUAACUUCAGUCAACCUGAAAUAGUCCCAAUUUCUAAUAUAACAGAAAAUUUGUACAUAAAUUUGACCUGUUCAUCUAUACAUGGUUACCCAGAACCUAAGAAGAUGAGUUUUUUGCUAAUAACCAAAAAUUCAACUACCGAGUAUGAUGGUGUUAUGCAGAAAUCUCAAGAUAAUGUCACAGAACUGUACGAUGUUUCCAUCAGCCUGUCUGUUUCAUUCCCUGAUGUCACAAGCAAUAUGACCACCUUCUGCGUUCUGCAAACUGAGAAGACACGGCUUUUAUCCCCACCCUUCUCUAUAGAGAUUGAGAACCCUCAGCCUCCCCCAGACCAUACCCCUUGGAUUGCAGCUGUACUUCUCGCAAUAAUUAUAUGUGUGAUGAUGGUAUUCUGUCUAAAUCUAUGGAAACGGAAGAAGAAGAAGCAGCCUCGCAGAUCUUAUGAAUGUGAACCCAUCAACAUGGAGAGGGGAGAGAGUGAACAGAUCCAGAAAAGCGUAAAAAUCCAUGUACCUGAAAGAUCUGAUGAAGCCCAGCAUGUUUUUAAAAGUUCCAAGACACCUUCAUGCGACGAAAGUGAUACAUGUUUUUAAUUAAAGAGUAAAGCCCAUACAAGUUUUCAUUUGUAACACAAUUUCAUUUGCAAGUUUCUGGGCAACCUUUCUCAUUUUUUCUGGAAAGCAAGAAGACAUUACCAUUAAUAAUAGGGGGACAGGGUCAUAACCCCCAGGACUCCCUCUAAGUGGAAUAGCCUCCCUGUAACUCCAGCUGUUCUCCAUAUGCCAAAAGCAGACUUUAAUUCUCUCAUUGCUUCUUUUCACUGUGGAACACUCUUAUGAGCCAAGCCCAGCUUAAUGAUUCAUGGCCUGGAAAUAAAAUUUAGGACCAACACGUCCUCCAGAUCAGAUUAUUCUCUUAAUGUCAUAGAUUGUGGUUUUUAAAAAAUAGAACUUCUGGAAAACUGCAUUUUAUCUGCUCAAAAUUCUAAGCUGGUGCCUCACUGAAUCUUGUAUACCUGUGACUGAACAACUACCUUCUCAGUCUGGGUGGGAGUUAGGUAUUUAUGACCUUACAGUGCUAAUACUUUGAAACAUAAAGAUCCAUGUACUGUAAUAGUGUGAUUACUAUGCUCUAGAGAAGUCUAUCUCUGCUAAGGAUUGUUGUCCCUCUGUCAGGGUCAGUAAGAAAAAUGGUGGCCUAGGGUACAGGCAACAAUGAGCAGACCAACCUAAAUUUGGGGAAAUUAGGAGAGGCAGAGAUAGAACCUGGAGCCACUUUUUUCUGGGCAGUCACUAAUGUUGAGGAAGCUUGCCUUGCCCAACAAGCCCUAGUGGAGAGCACUAAAUAAACAGGAAAGUGCUGGAUCUUGUGAACUCUGUUUCUCUGGAAGAAUUGACUAGUGAGAUGGCCUGGGGAAGCUCUGAAAGAAUCAACAGAGAUCACAAUACUCAAAAGAGAAAAAAAGAGAGAUCUUAAUCCAAAGAAAUGCAUGAAAUGUCUGGUCUGUCCAGUCCAUCAACAAAUCUUGAAACAAGCAACAGAUAUACAGUCUGUCCAAAUGGACUUAAGACAGACAGCAGUUUCCCUGGUGGUCAGGGAGAGGUUUUGGUGAUACCCAAGUUAUUGGGAUGUCAUCUUCCUGGAAGCAGAGAUGGGGAGGGAGAGCCAUUGUCUUGAUAAUGGGAUGAGUGGAAGGAGGCUUAGGGCUCUCCACUCCUGGCUGAGAGAGAAAAAGCUGCAAUGGAAUUAGGAAGACCAAGAUGCAGAUCAUGUAGGGGCUUCCUUAAUGUACAAAUGUCCUACAGGAAUCUGGGCUGGCCCAGAGUAGCAAAUUUCAGUUGGAUGAUUGUUUUUGCUGAAGGCAACCAGAGGAAAACUGCGUACAGAGAUGGAUAUACUGGGAGAAAUGACUUUGGAAACCUGGCUCAAAAGUAGGAUUAGUAAGGGAUGGAGCAGUCUCUGUCCAAACCUAAAGAGAACUCUGGGGGGCCUAAGCCACAAAAAUAGUUCCUUUAUUUUACUUGAACAACCCCCAAGGGUUAUAGACUGCUAUGCUAGACAAGCUUGUCCAUGUAGUAUUCCCAUAUGUGUACAGUGCCCCUGCCUUCAUUAGAUUCCUAGCACCUGGCCAGUUUCUAACAUGUUUUGUGCAGCACAAUUUUUAAUAAAUGCUUAUUACAUUCA